GUUGAAGAAAGUGAAAGCACACCAAGCUUAAAUAAUCUUUCAUUCAAGCAAGCAAAUCUAUAGUCAUACAUAAACAAAAUGAACUUCAACAAGAUUUUCGUUCUUCUGGCUGUCUUCAUUGCCGUCUUCGCUGGACAAACUGAAGCGGGAUGGUUGAAAAAGAUUGGCAAGAAAAUUGAGCGCGUGGGUCAACACACCAGAGAUGCCACCAUCCAAACCAUUGCCGUAGCGCAACAGGCCGCCAAUGUUGCGGCAACAUUGAAGGGAUAAACUGAAAAAGUUUGCAAGGCGAUACAAACCAUAUUUAUGUACCUAAAUUAGUUUAAUAUUUAUUUAUUUAGAAAAUUUUGUGACUGAUU